AUGAGCGCGACGACGACGACGACGAAAAACGCGCAAACUUUACUCGCGAGAAUGCUUCGCGUCGCCAAGUCGUAUAAAGAUUACAACGUCCGCGAGUACCUCGUGCGAAGGACGAACGAUGCGUACGAAGGUACGAAAGAAAAACCGGAGGAGUUUGAAAAGUUCGCGGAGAAAGAGCUGAAAUGGAUGGAAAGGCAAGAGAAAGUGUACGAGAUGUACGGGAGCGAACGGAAGAGCGUUUUGGACGAUUCGACAGACGACGUGGCAACGACGAGGAAGUAG